CUGGAUUGUUAAGUGGAACGUCCCCAUUUAUUAACCCACGUGACACUAAUACUGAAUGGGAAGCUAUUAAAAGUCUUAUUGCAAUUCUUGAACUAUUUGCAAAGGCAACAGAUCUUUUAAGAGGCAGUAAAUAUACAACAGUAAGUUUUAUAUAUAGUGCAAUUAAUAUGAAAACUAAUAGUCUUAUACUUACUGAUAAUCUUAAACUAUGGGAAGUAAAUUAUAAAGAUAAUAAAAGUGUUUUUGAUAAUACUAAUUUAAAUGAAGAUCAAACAGAUAAUAUCAAGUCUAUAAAUCUUCAAAAACAACUAAAUAUUCCUCAAGAUUGUACAAAUUUUGAAGAAAGG